CGCCACCUUGCAGCAGCGCUGCUGGCCUCCGCAGCCGGGAGACUCAGCAUGCGUCCCGCAGGCUUCGGGGGCUUCUUGCUGCUGGCGUCCUCCCUUCUCUUCGCGGGGCUGUCAGCUGUUCCUCAAAGCUUCUCGCCAUCUCUGAGAAGCGGCCCGGGCGCCGCGUGCCGGCUCUCCCGGGCCGAGUCGGAGCGCAGGUGCCGGGCGCCCGGGCAGCCCCCAGGGGGCGCUCUGUGCCACGGCCGCGGCCGGUGCGACUGCGGGGUCUGCAUCUGUCACGUGAGCGAGCCCGGCGUGUACUUCGGGCCCCUGUGCGAGUGCCACGAGUGGAUGUGCGAGACCUACGACGGGAGCACCUGUGCAGGCCACGGUGUGUGUGACUGUGGAAAGUGCAGAUGUGAUGGAGGAUGGUCUGGGGACGCUUGCCAGUACCCAAAGACCUGUGACCUGACAAAGAAACAGAGCAACCAAAUGUGCAAGAAUUCUCAAGAUAUCAUCUGCUCUAAUGCAGGUACCUGUCACUGUGGCAGGUGUAAGUGUGAUAAUUCAGAUGGAAAUGGACUCAUUUAUGGUAAAUUUUGUGAGUGUGAUGAUAGAGAAUGCAUAGAUGAUGAAACAGAAGAAAUAUGUGGAGGCCACGGAAAGUGUUACUGUGGAAACUGUUACUGCCAGGCUGGUUGGCAUGGAGAUAAAUGCGAAUUCCAGUGCGACAUCACCCCCUGGGAGAGCAAGCAAAGAUGCACAUCUCCAGAUGGCAGAGUCUGCAGUAACAGAGGGAUUUGUGUGUGUGGUGAAUGUUCUUGCCAUGAUGUUGACCCGACUGGAGACUGGGGGGAUAUUCAUGGGGACACCUGUGAGUGUGAUGAAAGGGACUGCAAGGCUGUCUAUGACAGAUAUUCUGAUGACUUCUGUUCUGGUCAUGGGCAGUGUAACUGUGGAAGAUGUGACUGCAAAGUAGGCUGGUAUGGAAAAAAGUGCGAGCACACACGUUCCUGCCCGCUGUCAGCUGAGGAGAGCAUCAAGAAAUGCCAGGGAAGCUCUGCUCUGCCUUGCUCUGGAAGGGGUAAGUGUGAGUGUGGUGAAUGCACUUGCUACCCUCCGGGAGGCGGCAAAGUAUAUGGCAAGACGUGUGAGUGUGACGAUCGCCGCUGCGAAGACUUGGAUGGCGUGGUCUGUGGAGGCCACGGCACGUGUUCCUGCGGUCGCUGCGUUUGCGGGAGAGGAUGGUUCGGGGAGCUCUGCCAGCAUCCGCGGAAGUGUAACCUGACGGAGGAACGGAGCCGGAGUCUGUGCGAAUCAGCAGAUGGCGUACUGUGCUCGGGGAAGGGUUCUUGUCACUGUGGGAAGUGCAUUUGCCCUGCCGAAGAAUGGUAUGUUUCGGGAGAGUUCUGCGGCUGUGAUGACAGGGAGUGCGACGAACAUGACGGUCUCAUUUGCACAGGGAAUGGAAUCUGUAGCUGUGGAAACUGUGAAUGCUGGGAUGGAUGGAACGGAAAUGCAUGUGAAAUCUGGCUCGGCACAGAAUAUCCUUAA